GGCUGUGGGGUCUGUGCUGGCUCCUGCGGCUCUCGUGAACCUGGGGCCGCCUCCCCGCCUCUGACGCCCCCUUCUUCCCCUCUCGUGGCAGUGGGCCUGGGUUCGGCCAUGUUCAGCUGGGUGAGGAGCGAUGCGCGCCGGCGCAAGGAGCCCGAGCUGUUCCGCACCGUCUCGGAGGGUUUGAAGCAGCUCUACGCGGGGAAGCUGCUGCCGCUGGAGGAGUACUACCGCUUCCACGACUUCCACUCGCCGGCGCUGGAGCCCGCCGACUGGGAGAGCAAGCCCAUGGUACUGCUAGUGGGCCAGUACAGCACCGGCAAGACCACCUUUAUCCGGCACCUUCUGGAGCAGGACUUCCCCGGCAUGCGCAUCGGGCCGGAGCCCACCACCGACUCCUUCAUCGCCGUCAUGGGCGGAGAGACCGAGGGGGUAAUCCCGGGCAACGCACUCGUCGUCGAUCCGCGGCGCCCCUUCCGCAAACUCAACGCCUUCGGCAAUGCCUUUCUGAACAGGUUCAUGUGUGCCCAGCUACCCAAUCCUGUUCUGGACAGUAUCAGCAUCAUUGACACCCCUGGGAUCCUCUCUGGCGAGAAGCAGCGGAUAAGCAGAGGUUACGACUUUGCAGCAGUCCUGGAGUGGUUUGCUGAACGGGUGGACCGCAUCAUCUUGCUCUUUGACGCCCACAAGCUGGACAUCUCAGAUGAGUUCUCAGAGGUGAUCAAGGCUCUGAAGAACCACGAGGACAAGAUCCGAGUAGUUCUGAACAAGGCGGACCAGAUUGAGACGCAGCAGCUGAUGCGGGUCUACGGCGCCCUCAUGUGGUCCCUGGGCAAGAUCAUCAACACACCAGAGGUGGUGCGGGUCUAUAUUGGCUCCUUCUGGUCCCAUCCGCUCCUCAUCCCAGACAACCGGAAGCUCUUUGAGGCCGAGGAGCAGGACCUCUUCAAGGACAUCCAGUCUCUGCCCCGCAAUGCUGCCUUGCGGAAGCUCAACGACCUCAUCAAGAGAGCCAGACUUGCCAAGGUCCAUGCUUACAUCAUCAGCUCCUUGAAGAAAGAGAUGCCCAAUGUCUUUGGAAAGGAGAGCAAGAAGAGAGAGCUGGUGAAUAACCUGGGUGAGAUCUACCUGAAAAUAGAACGGGAGCACCAGAUCUCACCAGGGGAUUUCCCCAACCUCCGCAGGAUGCAGGAGCAACUGAUGUCUCAGGACUUCAGCAAGUUCCAGCCGCUGAAGCUGAAGCUGCUGGAUGCCGUGGACGACAUGCUGGCCAACGACAUCGCCCGGCUGAUGGUGAUGGUGCGGCAGGAGGAGUCGCAGAUGCCGUCCCAGGUCGUGAAGGGCGGGGCCUUCGAGGGUACCAUGAACGGGCCGUUUGGCCACGGCUAUGGCGAGGGUGCCGGCGAGGGCAUCGAUGACGUGGAGUGGGUGGUGGGCAAGGACAAGCCCACCUAUGACGAGAUCUUCUACACCCUCUCCCCCGUCAACGGCAAAAUCACGGGGGCCAGCGCCAAGAAGGAAAUGGUGAAAUCCAAGCUGCCCAACACUGUCCUGGGCAAGAUCUGGAAGCUGGCAGACGUGGACAGGGAUGGUCUGCUGGACGACGAGGAGUUCGCCCUUGCCAACCAUCUUAUCAGGGUCAAGUUGGAGGGUCAUGAGCUGCCUGCUGAACUGCCCACUCACCUCAUCCCCCCCUCUAAACGCAGGCAUGAAUGACACUUUCCUUCCUGGGAGGCCACCUCAGACUUUGACCACCUUUCUGUGGGUGCCGAACUGUCGGCACCAAGAGCUGGCUUUGAACUUCCCCACCCUGUGAGAACAAAAAACCCUCCUUGAAUGAAAGGAAGCCCAUGCACAGUAACUCUUUGAGAAAUUUUUAAUACAUCUGCUACCUUUUAAGGCAAUAAUCUUCUGUUCCUACCUGUGGUGUUGGGGAGGGCCUUCCUUCUACCCCAGAUGGUAGACAACUUAGGUCUCUUCCCCAGAAGGUGAAUGUCUGGGUGCUGGUGGGAGGAGAAGGGGCCCUUUUCCUUCAGCUUUAAGACCUUCAGAGCCGAAGAUGGCCUCAGUCCCAGACUCUCACCUUCUAGAAUGUUCACCAGAAGCCUUCACGUUUCUGGUGUCUUCCUCUGGCAGUUGACUAGUUUGUAUUGGGGUUGGGGUUUUACGAGGAACAACAUGUGCAAAUGUCAUCCAUGACACACACUGGUGCUGGUUUUUUUUACCUUCUGCUUUUUUGAAUCCUUACCCUCCCAUCCACCGGAAAGGUUAUGCUCAAGUUUUGGUCACGUCCAGAGCACUUUUCCUCAUGACCCAUGCCAUCUUACUGCAUUUUAUGCAUGAAUGCACCAUAUCUAUUUCACAUGCGGGUCUCCCACUUCUGCCUUUUCCUGGCAGGUACACUGCUUUACUUUUUUUCUAGAGCCAGGCAGAGUUGGAGCACCGCCCCCCCCCCUUCACUUACUGCCUCUUCAUUCUUACUGGGCCACCCGGUCUUGAUUUGGUACUGUAUGCCCCUUGACACAGUACCCAUGCUGCGUUUAGGGAUAGCUCAACAAAUCCCUUCACCAGUCUGGGCCUGCAAUAAUGCCUUGAUGACCUGAACAGGCCUUCUACCGGAGGGGUGGGUCUCCCAAAAGCCGGAAGUUUCUAAUAACCCACAUUGGCAGCUCUGAAGUAAGUCUUCCUCUUCUCAUUCUGGAGGGAAGUUUCUGUGCCUUCACUUGAAAGAUGGAAGCAUUUCAGAAACAAUGGUUUCUUGUGUCCGUGGCGGCACAGAACUUGCCAAGCGUCUGCAUCCUGAUCACACUGCACACGCUGGACCUCCUCUGUUCCCCAGAUCAUCAGGAGAGAGGAGCUGACUCUCUCUUGGCCAAGGAGUGAAUGGGAAAUACGGUAUUGAAUCAGAUGGUAAUUCCCUCCGUUACAGUGAGAUUCUUGGGUAUCAACAGGCCUUUGGGCCUAGAGAUCUGUCAAACACCAGCUUGGAUUCCUAACUGCUCACAGUCUCUGCAGCUGAUGAUGGGAGACGUCUGGGUGUUGUGGAAGUCGCAUGGCAUUGGGCUAUGAAUUUCAGAUGUAUCUGAAGACAGUCACAACUGUGGUUGGUGCUUUGGGGCUGCUGUGGAGAAAGGAAUGGGACGGCAGAAUGACUUUGCAGCCCCUCAGAUACGGCUGGUGUCCUCUGAAGGGCUGUUGACUCUUGCAUUCUGUUUGCCAGCUAAUAGCUAUGAGGUAUGAAGGAAGGGGGUGGGGGGAAAGUGUCUGCCUCUGUUGCUGGGACAGAAUCAUCUUGCUCUGUUUAAAAAUUGCUGAGGAUGGGUCACCUUAGAUGUAGGAGGGACUAGAAAAUACAGCCAGCCCCCGAUCUGGUGGGAUAGAUAAUAGGCAGGAAAAGGGUCUGUUUAAAUAUCCCACCUAUUUCCCUGACAUUAAAGUUCAUUUGAAGCUCUG